AUGUCUGGUUUGGAGAUGCUGUUCAUGGAUGGUGGAGCCACCGUGGCCGGGGUUCUUAGUGCUGCCGCAGCUGUUCUGGGCUACAAGCAGCAGAAGGAGGACGACAUCGAACUUGUGGAUCAACCUCCCGACCUUGAGCUCCUGCGCGGCAACCUGGCUGACGCCUACACCUCCGCCUGCGCCGCCCACGCGGCUGCUACUGCGGCGUGGGGUGAGCCACUGUCCCUUUUCAGAGCGAGUGGAGAUUGCCCGCCCUGGGCGGAGGCUGUGGGCCAAAGUGCCAAGGAUCUCGUGGACAAAGCUUCCGAACUGGAGGACCUGGCAGAUGUCUACGACUCCCAGCUGCAGCUGGCGCUGAGUGACGGCAAGUCCCUCCAGCGAGCUCCGCUGGAGGCACUGGUCGAGAAGUUGAACGAGUUGACGAUCGUGCUGACCCAGCAGGUUCCAGCCCUUAUCGUGGCCAGGGAUGCCAUGUCAAAUGGCUUGGGCCCACGGGGUGCACAAGCCGAGGAGGCAGUGCAGGCUGCAACCCAGUUCGUCUUGGAGGAGCCGCUUCCCAUCGCUAUCAUGCGAGAACGGCAACUACUAGGCGAGCUUUGGCGAACUGGUCCUGGCCGGAUGGAAGCCCUGGCGCGAGCCAUCGCUCGUCGCACAGGGAGGGAGCCGCCAGAGUCCACGAGCCCUGCUGAGGAGCCUGACUACGCGUCCUACGUGGCUGCCUACCUCUGA